AUGGUAGAAUUAUCAGAUUAUCAAAGACAAGAAAAAGUAGGAGAAGGAACAUAUGGAGUUGUAUAUAAAGCAUUAGAUACAAAAAAUAAUAAUCGUAUAGUUGCAUUAAAAAAAAUUAGAUUAGAAUCAGAAGAUGAAGGAGUCCCAUCAACAGCAAUAAGAGAAAUUUCAUUAUUAAAAGAAAUGAAAAAUGAUAACAUUGUAAGAUUAUAUGAUAUAAUACAUUCAGAUUCUCACAAGCUUUAUCUUGUGUUUGAAUUUUUAGAUUUAGAUUUAAAAAAAUAUAUGGAAUCUAUACCACAGGGAACUAAUGUUGGAUUAGAUUCUCAAAUGAUUAAAAGAUUUAUGUUACAAUUAAUAAAAGGUAUAAAACAUUGUCAUUCUCAUCGUAUAUUACAUCGUGAUUUAAAACCUCAAAACUUGUUGAUUGAUAAAGAAGGAAAUUUAAAAUUAGCUGAUUUUGGAUUAGCAAGAGCUUUUGGUGUACCUUUAAGAGCUUAUACUCAUGAAGUUGUUACUUUAUGGUAUAGAGCUCCUGAAAUUCUUUUAGGUGGGAAACAAUAUUCAACAGGAGUAGAUAUGUGGUCAGUUGGUUGUAUAUUUGCAGAAAUGUGUAAUAGAAAACCAUUAUUUCCAGGAGAUUCAGAAAUUGAUGAAAUUUUUCGUAUAUUUAGAAUUUUAGGAACACCAAAUGAAUUAAUAUGGCCAGAUAUAAAUUAUUUACCUGAUUUUAAACAAGGGUUCCCACAAUGGAAAAAGAAAAAUUUGGCGGAAUAUGUACCAAGUUUAGAUAAUGAUGGGUUGGGGUUAUUAGAAGAAAUGUUAGUUUAUGAUCCAUCAAAAAGAAUUAGUGCAAAAAGAGCUUUAAUUCAUCCUUAUUUUAAAGAAACUAAUAAUUUUUUAAAUCAUCAACAACAUCCUCAACAACAACAACAUAUACAUGGAGAUAAUAUGAUUAAUGAAACUUUUUCAAAAUCUAUUAUAAUGGGGUAA